UGCCGACAUAUCUGAAUGCAGCAUUUACGCUUGUCGUCACUUCCUGAGUAACGUUAUCCCCCUCAAACAUGGCGGCGACCUUGUGUGUAAAAUUACUACCGAAACAGGGAUGGCUUCCCCUGACACAGAGUGUCCGGCACGGCUCCAAGUCUGUGACUCGCCACAGGAAACCGGUUCACAUCCUCAAACAGAAGCUCCUAGCUGUUACACGGUAUAUUCCUCCUCCACGGAUUCCUCCAGACGCCUACCCACCCGAGACCAAAGUAGUCCAGGAGCAGGAGAAUUCUUUGAUGUUGGUCAUGAAGAGGGAUUUGAAGAAGCUGUUCCAGGACUGUAAGAUGGUCGCUGUCGCCCAGAACAGCAGCAGUAAUUCUGAAGACAUGAUGAUUCUCAAGAACAGACUUUAUAAACACGGCAUCACUGUCAGGUUCUUUCCCAACCAGGUGGUGCGGUCGUUCCUCAAGGACAGCAGGUACUGCAACAUGGCCCCGCUGUUCAUCGGUCCGACAGUUCUUAUUGUUAGCAAAGAGCCAAAGGUGAAGGAGAUGCUGACGACUCUUAGGGCCAGCCCGCAGAUGACACUCCUGGGAGCCUGCAUAGACAACACGUUGCUGAGCGCUCAGGGGGUGAUGAGCUACUCCAAACUGCCGACACUGACUGUCGUCCAGGGCGAAGUGAUCAGCGGGCUGAUGAUGCUGACCUCCCGCACAGCCUCCAUGCUGCAGCGCCACCCGGCCCACCUGUCUGCCCUGCUCCAGCAGUACGUCAAACAGCAGAGCUCCAACGACAGCGCAGAGGAAGCCACGUAGAUCUUCAGAGGAAGUUACUGGGGUUGUUGCCUCGCAGAUUUUCAGCUGCUUAGAAUGACGAGAUGCUGGAUGGAUGGAUGGAUGGAAGUCUGCAAAAAAUAUCUUCAAAAUUUGAGCGGAGCAGUUCUGUUGGUGCUAAAUUCAACCAAACUGUACCCACAGGAGGACUGUGGCUGCUGUGAAUGGAGCAGCCUGCAGAACUGAAUGUUUUCACUGCACAUCGCUCUGUUAAUGGAAGGCUUGGAUGGACACUGCAGCAAAAAAAGCAUUUCCUUUGUUUAAAGGAACAGUUCACCCAAAAGUUUGAAUUCAGUCAUUGUAUACUCACCCCCCCAUGUGGAGAGAAACUCAGAGUUUCUUAAUCCAUUUUAAUCAUUCAAAUCCAUUUUCAAACAUUUCUGCAUUCUCCUGAACGACACAAGCAGAUGGGGACUCAGACAAAUAAACAUCUCAUUUCCAGCAGCAUGGGAACUGGCAGAUAAAGACUGAAUUUUCAUUUUUGGGUGAACUGUUUCUUUAAGGUUAUAGUCACAUAAAUAUAAAUAAACUAUGUCUGCACAACCUGU